UAAGAAUACUCGUCUGUAAAAUUGUAUUUCAUUUGUAUUACUUUAUAUUACUUUGUAUUAUGUUUUGAAUGGAAAUGGAAUAAAGAAUUGAAUUGAAUUCGUCAAUGUAAGUGCCCCCCCCCCCCCCGGAUCUGGUGGUGCAAAAUUGAGCUUUCGAUCUGGCUGCACGUACCCCUGCACAACUUAAUUAUGUUCAUUGGAACUGUGCCCCACUUACAGUGGAUGGGUGCAAAACUCCCUCUGUCUGCAUUGGCUGACUUUCCGAAAUCAUAAUUUAAACAAAUAUGUGAAUCGCACAGUAGUUGUUUAAACAGUUUAAACAAGUGUUUAAAAUUUCAAACAACCUUGCUUAAAUUAUUGAUAAUUAAAUAUUUGAAUUUAAACUUUGUUGUUUAAGAAUUUGUACUUGUCUAAAUGUUUAAACAACUUUUUUGGAGUUUUUAUUUAGUUUCAUAUCUGUUUCAUCGGAAUGUUGUACAAAAUCAAUAAACAUGACAAGUAAAAAAUAAAAAAAAAUUAUGCUUUGAUAAACUAAAUUAAAAAAAAUUAAGCAAACUCAGAUGAUUUUGUAUUUUAGAGUAAAACGGUGGGCUUACCGGAAAAGGCAAAUUAAAGCUUGUAUAAAAGGCAAGCCUCUAUAAAACUUUCUAAACUUUCUAGUGUCAUUAAAGGACAAGUCCAUUCCAACAAAAGAUUGAUUUGAAUAAAAAGAGAAAAAUCCAACAAGCAUAACACUGAAAAUUUCAUCAAAGUCGGAUUUGAAAUAAGAAAGUUAUGACAAUUCAAAGUUUCGCUUAAUUUCGCAAAACUAUUAUAUGCACUUCCCGGUCGGUAUGCAAAUGAGGGAACUGAUGUUUUAUUGCUCCCUGAACAUGUUGAAUUACCAUUGAUAAACAUUUUAUGGUUAAGUCAAGUUGGUCCUUGUCAAAUCUGUAAAAAUUGAAAUGUUGUAUAAUUCAAACAAUAAAAACCAAAAAAAUAGUGAGAGGGGGGACAUGGGCGGAAAUCACAGGGGGGACGUGUCCCCCCUACUCAAAAUAGUAGUGGGGACACAAUAUCAAAUGUCCCCCUACUAUUAUUUUGUGGUCUUUUAUGAUGGUAAGAAAUACAUCAUUCAAAAUCGAAAUAAAACAUGUAUCUUAGGACUAUAUGACCUUACUUUUGGGAUGGUAAUCUUUUUUUUUUUUUGCUUGUCAAAUUUUCCAGCUCCUUGUCCCCCCUACCUUUUGGGAGAGUUUUCCGCCCCUGGGGGGGGGGGGGGGACAUCAUCAACUCUCAUUUACAUGUGACUAAACUUAUUGUGCAUAUAUAAACUAUUUUGUGAAAAAUAAGCGAAACUUUGAAAUGUCAUAACUUUCUUAUUUUAUAUCCGAUUUUGAUGAAAUUUUCAGCAUUAUGCUUGUCUGAUUUUUUUUAUUGAUUCAAAUCAACAUUUUUUUUGGAGUGGACUUGGCCUUUAACUAAAAAUUUACACACAAAAACUAAAGAUUGAGUUCGUAAUAAAUGUACACUGUAGGCCCCUACAUUUUUUAAAUACCUUCAUGAUGAAAUAUGCAUAAUAACCUCAUAACCCUCACAAAUAGGUCUAAACACAUGCAGUAAAAACGCUAUUUCAAUUUUUAUAGAAGUUUACAACGUACGCUGAUUAGGCCUACUAUAUGUUUUUUAAUCAGCUGUCUAACAGUUAAAAAUAAACAUAAAAAUGAUCUGUUUAAAAGAUUGCAAACACUUGUUUACACUGUAAAACAACUGCUUUAAAAUUAAUAUAUUAACCAGUGUUGCAGACAAUUUUUAAGAAAAAUUUUACUGUGUAGUGAUAGGCAUCUAGGCCCCCGGUCUAGGCCCAGUUUAAUUUGCAAUCACUAUAGCCAUUAUCAAGUUCCUAUAUAGGCUAUAUAGCUAGCUAGCUCUUGCCUUGAAUUCGCACACACGAUUGCUCGCUGGCGCGGGAUCGAUCGACAUGCACGCAAAUCAGCUGGCCUGGCGCAGGCGAUCGCGACGACAUUUAGUGUGCAUUGUAGCUCCAUUGUAACCUUUGGCUUUGCAUUGUGUGAUUAACAUAUUCAUUGCAUGUGUUGUGUUAUGAUUCAUUUUCACACGAAACAUGUAUACCAUUCUCGUUUGCAGCCUGAGAGUUCGAGAUGGCAAGUCGAUCUAAAACCCAUCAACCUGUAAAAUACAAAUCUAAACGGGUUUGUGAGGAGAAAUUUGAUUGCGACGGAUCGAAUGCUAGCUACGAAUGCUUGAAUUGCGGAACAAGACAGUGCGAACAUUGUGAGCAACUUCUGCACAAACCAGAGAGACCAAAAUUUGCAAGUCACAUUAGACGAAAAAUUGAGCAACUUCCUUGCGCUGUUGAAUGUGCCCUGUGCCCAUAUAACCCUGCAGAAUUUUCCUGCUUGGAGUGUAGAACUGUAAUUUGCCAAGACUGUAAUAAGGAAUAUCAUCGAGGGAAGUUAACUGGACAUCGACGCACUCCGCUACGUACAAAACAAAAACAGAACAAAGAGGUGGUUUACAGUGAUACGACGCAACAAAGCCCGACGAGCGAGAUGAAUCCAUCAAAAUCUUCGCCAGAAAACUGUCUGCCUCUUUCUCCAUUUCUCGAUUCUUUAAGUGAGCCAACGCCAUGUGAAAUCAAGGAGAGGCAAACUACAAUCUUAACCGGGGAUAUUUCAUCUUCUUCGACAGGAUUAAACCUUAUUGAUGAGUUAACGUUGGACUCGGAUUUCCACAGUUUGACAAUGCUGGAUAAGAAACCUUCGCUAUCUACUCCAGAUGACAACGAUAUAGAAAGAGAUGAUUUUUUGUCUUUGGAAAGUGUAAGCAGUGGCCAGAGUGGACUUAAAUCAUUGGAAUUUCUCUCGGGACACUUUGAGAGCGUGGAGAAACCCUCUAUUGCACAAUCGAAUGCAAUAGCCAUACCCAAGGCUCCAGAGAGCAAUGUAAACAGAAGUGCAGGUGGUGGCAUGACAGUGACUCACAGAACAACACGGGCUCACGGCAAACCCGGAAGUGGUAGGAAUGUAAACAAACAUGGUGCAGGAGCGGUGCAUGGUGAUCAUGGGGAGAGAGUUGUGACAUCAACAGGGAAUCCCCAAGGCACUCACCCCAAAACAGAGGACAUUCAAAGCAACCAACCAUAUCUGGACCAGACUUUGUCUCCAAGCCCAAGGCAUUCCGAGUUCUUCAGGUCCAAUUCUGGCUCCGGGGAGUGGACCCCUACUCAGGGCCAACCAUUGUCGCACAGUUUGGAGAGUUCUGGAGGCCGGAAGAGGAUGGAAGCGAUUGUGAAACCUGUCGGGAGUGUGAAGGCUGUACCGUCAUCACCCAGAGAGAAACAAGUGGAGAGCCAAAAGAAGACUCCAUCACCACCACCACCAGCACCAGUGAAUGAGCUUGCUGACAUGGAAGCUGCUGAAGAUGAGAUUGAUCUUGUUGAUCCUAACCAUGCUAAGGGCUUUCUACUUGUUGAUGAUUCAGAGACACUUCAGGUGAACUCAGCAGAAGCGUUGGUGGAGAAAUUAAAGUGCGAGUUGAAGACACCUGUCAAAGUAAUCUCCAUCUUUGGGAACACAGGAGAUGGCAAAUCUCACACCCUCAACCACACCUUCUUUGGAGGGCAGGAAGUGUUCCACACCUCCCCUACCCAGGAGUCCUGCACCAUCGGCGUUUGGGUAGCCUACGACGAAAGAACCAACAUCAUCGUUGUGGACACGGAAGGCUUGCUAGGGGUAUCCAACAACGAGAACAAACGCACCAGACUCCUGCUGAAGGUGAUAGCCAUCUCCGACGUCGUCAUCUAUCGCACAAGGGCUGAUAGGCUGCAUCGAGAUCUCUUCCAGUUUCUGGGGGAUGCGUCAAAGGCAUACCUGAAACAUUUCACUCCAGAGCUGAAAUUGACUUUGGAGAAGUGUAACAUUAAAGGACCCGUGUCAACCCUCGGACCGGCAGUGAUCGUGUUCCAUGAAACCACUCAUACAUUACCACUAGGAGCUGUCCAACCACAGAGGAGCUCUGGGGGGCUCAAGUCGGCGGAUACUCUCCUCCAGGAGCGCUUCAAGGAGCAUGGGUGCCACAUGGAUGCCUUCAGCUGUGUCCAGUACAUUGGUAUCCAGACCAUCAAGCCUCCGACCCACUUCAAGCCCCUGAAAGAGGCCAUCCUGACCCACGUUUAUAACAGCACCGUUCGGUCUCCGAGGUCGCCCCAAGUUGUAUACCUCGCACUGAAGGGCCUGAAUGAUAAGUUCAGUGGUGCGAUCGACCGUGAGGUUCCGUCUCCAUUCCCCGACGAGUACUUCACCUGUUCCACCCGAUGCCUCUCCUGCAACGCUCGUUGUACCAACACUAUGAACCACGUCCAAGAUAACAUCAUACAUGAGAACCUGUCACGCUGUAAAUAUCAGCACCAGUUCGAUAACAGGGUCUACAUAUGCAAGAGCUGCUAUCAGGGUGGGCAGGAAGUAGUAGUAGUACCAAAGAUGUGUUCAGCUACUGAUAACUCCUGGAUGGGCAUGAUCAAAUAUGCAGUCUCGGGGUUUGUGUUGGAAUGUCCACACUGUGGUGUUAUCUAUCGUAGUCGGCAGUAUUGGUAUGGCAACCAGGAACCGGAGAUGGAAGCAGUCAGAACAGAGAUUCGACAUGUCUGGCCUGGGGGUAGCACAGUGCUACAAGGGACUCACAACGCAGGGCGACGUCUGCUGGAUGGAAUACAUCAGGUAGUGGAUGUAGUCAGUAGUGUCAGUGCUAAACCAACCACUAUGAUGUCACAAUGGAUGAUGGACCAGAUUGCGCCUCCGUACUGGAGACCAAAUGCCGAGAUCACGGCCUGCUAUAGAUGCGGCAAGAAGUUUGACGAGACGGAGAAGUUACAUCACUGCAGGGAAUGCGGGGAGGGAUUCUGUGACGAGUGCUCACAGCAUCAGCUACCGGUCCCGGAGAGAGGAUGGGGACCCAAGCCUGUCAGGGUCUGUGAUGGAUGCUAUCAAAAGAAGACAUCGGAUGUUGGUGGUGGGAAGUUGCCUGCUAUGGAUGAUCUCCAAGCCGAGCUAGAGAGUGCAAUGACUGAAGAGCCGCAGCCGGUCAUGGCCAGGAAGGUCGGAGAGGUCCUCCAGACAACCUUGGGCGUCAUCGGAACUGCAGUCAACUACCCUGCAGGUAUGUUGAUCGAGGCUGCCAGGCCGGCAUACUGGAUCCCUGACAGCGAGAUCACACACUGCAUAGCCUGCAAGGAGGAGUUCACCCCCAAGCUCAAGAUCCACCACUGCAGAGGCUGCGGACAAGGCGUGUGCGUCGACUGCUCCGUGAGCAGGCGACCGGUGCCCUCUAGAGGCUGGGACAUGCCAGUCAGGGUGUGCAGCCUGUGCAAUGCCAAGGAAGGACAACUCUGAAAUGCUGGGCGGAGGAUGGACGGGAAAUGGCAUGGGUGGGAUUCCAAAUUGCUUAUGCAGCAACACCCAACCUAGCAUCAUACUGUCCUUACUGGGUGAUCAUAAAAGAUGAGCAUGACCAAGUCUCUGCAUUUUUAAAUGCAAUACUUCAUGCUAGCUUGAAUGGCAACAGAAGCAGAAAGGUACCCAGUGGAUUCUGGCAGCAACUUUCGGCCUCUUGUUAGUCACUGGACCUUUCGAGUAUUGUGGCUCUUUUUCCAAUGGCAUAGAGCAGAUUAUAUUGUGGAGUACGUUAAAAGGGUCAAGAUAGGUUGAAAAUCAAAAGGCUUAAUCGAUAAAACAUAUUUUGAAAGGCCUUAGAGAUAUUUUACUGUUGCCCCGUAGAACAAAUUAAAAGACCGAGGCAAACGACCUGACAUGGUGAGUGACGCGACUGGUCACUCAUAACAACUAACAUCACCUAACUAACUAACCAUUUUGAUAGAUAAAGUAUGAAGUAUGGUUAUGGGGUCACAACCAUUGGCCCACACACUCAUCAAGUUAUGGGUUAUAUCAAUCAGUAUUAUUGAAAGUUGAAUAGGAGGUGGAAAAGAUUCAACAGCUUCAAUUUUUCAAUCCAUUUACAAUUAUAGCAAUGUAUAAACAUUUUUGAGGUGUAUAUGUGUGUGUGUGUUGAUGAAUCUUUGCAUAUAUACUAUCAAGUUGCAGAAUACCACUAAUUUUGGGCUACCUGGUAAUGCAUAUAUUGUAUGGUUGUACCACUGUCUCUUGAAGUUUAUAAUCCUGCAAAUGCUGUUAUAUGUCUAUGCUCAUUAUUAAAGGCUUCAUACAACAGAGGAUGUAACAAUUAGAUCAUCUUAGAUGGAGUGAGUCUAGACUACACUUGUAAGAAACAUUUAUUUUGUUCAGAUGUUGGUAUGUCAAACUUUGUCCAACACAGAGUCUAUACAUUCGAAAAGCAUCCAUCCGUUUCUCCAGGCUUCAAUUUCAGUUCUGAGUAGGCACAUGCCAGUGGAUACAAAGUACAGUUCUCCAAAGUUACGCAAAGGUUUCCUGAAGGAGGUGUUUUUUAUUGAUCUGGAGUUCGCUUAAAUUUGAUGACUUCGUUCAUUAAUUUUCCUUUUCUUAGGAUCAUUCAUUGAACGAUUUCUUAGUAUGGUUCGCUUAUGUGAUAAGUAAUUUCACAUCCCGUUGGAGGUCAGAUUUCAAUUAAAGAAUAUCACAGUCGUUCUUUCUUCUUAAAGUUUAUGUUGACAUAACCAGUUCAUCAGUUAUUCUCUGGUGGUGAUUCAAUUUUCUUUUCAAGUGCAAUAUUCUGUAGAUAUAAUGGACAUGACUAAAUUAUAGAUGACCACUCGUAAUUAAACUUGCCAUUAAUUUUUGUGUAGUUUCAAUUGUUUUAUAUAUUUUAAUGAAAUGGAUGCUAUUGAUAUGAAAUUGAUGAUAAAAAAAGAAUUUCAUUGUUACAUUCAUAUUAGAUUAAACACACAGAUUAAGUCAUGCUGUACCUUGUUUACACAAUUGUUCAGCAUUUUAUUGGGAUAAUUUGCUAACAUUUUGUGAUUUCUCAUAUAUAUACGUGUCAUAGGUAUAUGUCAUAGGUAUAUGUCAUAGGUAUAUGUCAUAUAUUUCCAAAUAAAAAUGUAAGGUGAAAUGGGGAGAUUCAAGAAUGUUGCCGUUUUGUGUAUUUUCAUAAUGUAUGAAUAACCAUAUAUUGAAGCAGAAGAAACUAUAUAUUUCAUGGACUGAAAGGUUUGCUGAGAUAGACAUGUGUAAAGUAUAUUACAAACAAAUGAUGUGUAUCUGUGAAUGUGUGGUGUAAUAGCUUGGGUGAUUGAAAAACUGCGGCCAUGAGAACAAAAAGCAUAUCGUUAUGAAUCUCUUAUCUAUUGGAACUAGAUGGUCCUCAUAGAGAGCCUUUUCAAAAUGCAGAAUUCACCAAUUGCACUGGCCAAAGGUGAAAAAAAGAAAAACAACAAAAAGCUACACAUUGCUUUUGUAUGAAUGUGCAUGUAUAUUUCUACCUACUUAGUGUAAGAAUAUACAUACUUGAUAUUGACAAGAAGCUUGUGGGCCUUAUUCCACUUGCUAGUUCAGUGUGAAAUAUACAUUUUCACCACUUAAUAUUUUUGUGUCAUUGUGGAUCAUGAAAUGCUAAUAUAACUCACAUACAUCUCACUAUUAAAUGUCGCUCAAUCGCAUCAUUACAACACUAGUGCAAAUAUCUAAGGAAUUGCUAGCUUACAAAAUAUAUUCGAACUAUAAGCUAAAGAUCAUCAUUUACAUGUAGCGGAAGCGUCGUGGUUUAGCGAUUUUGACUCUUGCCUUGCAAUCAGAGGGUCGUGUGUUCGAAUCCCACCACGGCCUAGCGUCCUUUGGCAAGGUGUCAAUCCACACUGCCACUCUAAGUCCAGGUGUUAAAUGGGUACCCAGUAGGAUGUGAAAGCCUAUGCAGUAUGCCUGGCAAUCAAGUCUUGGAACUCUUGUCGGAAUGCUCCCCCGGGAGUAGAGUAGAGUAGCGCUUACUUUGCAUGUGGGCAUGCCAGGAUCUAAUGACCGGGGUAUUAGUAAUGGAAUAUUUUGGUUAUCAAACAAAUGACUUGAUGCAAUUCCUGCAAAUUGAUAGAAAUGUAUCUUGCUGUUUUGAUGCAGAUUCUUUUAACAGGGGGAACAUUAAAAUAUUGAUAUACAGAGUAUAAGUUUUUCUACUUUAAGGGCUCAAAGAAAAUGUAUUUAAGUUUCAAGCUGGAUCAUAGUUUUGCAGUGAAGAUUUUUAAACAUACCAUCCUUCUCCAUGGCCCUAUCUCAUAAAGAGUUGUGAUUGAUCAGAUCAAACUCAACUAUGGAAAUCCAAUAAUGUCAUGAUUUUUCAUACUGGAAAUUAGCACAAUGCCCUCUGAAAACAAAGAGAACACUGACUUGUACAAGAAAAUGAUGCACGUAUGUGUAUACACCAUAUUCAUAGAACACUUUGAUUGGGGCCCCAUCUUACAAAGAGUUACGACUGAUCCAAUCAAUUGUAACUCUAUGGGAAUCCAUCAGUGUCAUAAUUUCUUCUACAGGAAAUGUGCAAAUAUGAAAUUGUCCUUUGUAAACAAAGGAGAACACACCGAACUGUCAAGAAAUCAAUGAAUUUAUGGAUAUAGGCCUACAUUCAGAUGUAGAAAAUUUGUUGAGCAAAAAUGCAUUUUAUAUAUUGACUUUGCUGGCUUUCCAGAGUUAAUAAUUAGAUCAAUCUUUAUCUAAUGUACACAAUGCCCCUUUGGAAACAAAGGUAAGUACACUGACUUGUUAAGACAAUGAUACAUAGAGGAGUAUAUAUCAUUUAGUAGACUGUCUGAGCUGGUAUUUGUGUUCAUUCAAGAUAUUGGGGUUGUUGGCUUUUCAUAGAUGUGAUUGAUUAGAUCGAUUGCAACUCUUUGUAAAACAGGGCCCUAGUCACUUCACACUACAAUAUAUAUCAUCAAAUGAACAAAACACCAGUACUAAGAGUAAUCAUAUUUUUACUAACAAAAAUAAAAUAUAUUGCAAAUUCUUCUUUGUCAGGGUACAUGUGUAAAAUGUAGGAAAAAAAAGAUCAGCAAAAUAAAGAGAAGUUUAUUCAUGAAUGAAAUAUAUAUAUAUUAUUGAGAUCUUGUGAUAUUGCUUAAUGUCUGCUUUGUAUACAUUAAUAGCAUAAAGUAUUGAGAUUAAAAACAAAGCUCUAAUUACACUUCCA